AUGGACAGGGAGGCUGCGCGCCCCCUCCCCUCCUCGUGCCCGCUGCUGCCCCCGGAGGAAACCACGAGGAGUCCCCUCGGCCAGGGGGUGAUGGCGGCCGGGCCGGACGGACCCGGGCCGGGAUCCGAGUGCAAGAAAGACGGCGUGGUCAUGGUUGCUGCCCCGCAGCCGCCCCCGCCGCUGGUUCGUCAGGAGCGCGAGACGUGGAGCAGACAAAUGGACUUCAUCAUGUCGUGCGUGGGCUUCGCCGUGGGCCUGGGAAACGUCUGGAGGUUCCCGUACCUGUGCUACAAGAACGGAGGAGGCGUCUUCCUCAUCCCUUACCUGCUGAUCGUCUUCGUGGGCGGGGUGCCCAUCUUCUUCCUGGAGAUUGCACUGGGUCAGUUCAUGAAGGCGGGAAGUAUCAACGUGUGGAAUAUCGCACCGCUAUUUAAAGGUCUGGGCUACGCGUCCAUGGUGAUGAUGUUCUUCUGUAACACGUACUACAUCAUGGUGCUGGCAUGGGCCUUCUACUACCUCAUCAAGUCAUUCAGUGCCACCCUGCCGUGGUCCACCUGCGACAACCCCUGGAACACCAACUCCUGUGUGGACGCCUUCAGCGUGCAUCACUGCAAAAACGCCAGUGACAACACCACCGUCGCUGGCAGCAACCACACCUGCGCCCAGCUGGCCCACGCCGUAUCGCCCAUCAUCGAGUUCUGGGAGAACAAGGUUCUGAAGAUCUCAUCGGGCUUAGACGAUCCGGGUCACGUCAAUUGGGAGUUGCUGUUGUGUCUGAUCACCGUGUGGCUGCUCGUCUACUUCUGCGUGUGGAAGGGGGUCAAAUCCACUGGAAAGAUCGUGUACUUCACUGCCACCUUCCCGUACGUGGUACUGAUCAUCCUGCUGGUCCGCGGAGUCACACUCCCCGGUGCGUUCGACGGCAUUAUGUACUACAUCAAACCUGAUUGGUCCAAGCUGGAGGAGGCUCAGGUGUGGAUCGACGCCGGCACGCAGGUCUUCUUCUCGUACGCCAUCGGUCUGGGAGCUCUGACGGCUCUGGGCAGCUACAACCGCUUCAACAACGACUGCUACAAAGACGCCUUCGUGCUGGCGCUGAUUAACAGCGGGACCAGCUUUUUCGCCGGCUUCGUGGUCUUCUCCAUUCUGGGUUUCAUGGCGGCCGAGCAGGGCGUGGACAUUUCGCAGGUCGCCGAGUCAGGUCCCGGUCUGGCGUUCAUCGCGUAUCCCAAGGCAGUCAGCUUGAUGCCGGUGGCUCCGUUGUGGGCCGGGCUCUUCUUCUUCAUGCUGCUGCUGCUCGGUCUGGACAGUCAGUUCGUCGGCGUGGAAGGCUUUGUGACGGGCAUUCUGGAUCUGUUCCCCGGCAAAUACGAGCACCGCUACAAGAGGGAGCUGGCCGUAGCCCUCGUCUGCUUCCUGUGCUUCAUCAUCGACAUCUCCAUGGUGACACAGGGAGGAAUGUACGUGUUCCAGUUGUUUGACUACUACUCGGCCAGCGGGAUGACGCUCCUGUGGCAGGCGUGCUGGGAAUGCGUCGUGGUGUCCUGGGUCUACGGUGCCGACCGCUUCAUGGACGACGUGGCGCGUAUGAUUGGCUACCGGCCGCUGCCCUGGAUGAAGUGGUGCUGGUCCUUCGUCACGCCGUGCGUGUGCUUGGGCAUCUUCCUGUUCCACCUGGUCAACUACAAGGGGCUGACGUACAACACCACCUACGUGUACCCGUGGUGGGGUGAGGUGGUCGGCUGGUGUCUGGGGCUGUCGUCCAUGUUGUGCAUCCCGCUGGGUCUGCUCUACAAACUCUUCCGCGCCAAAGGCUCCUUCGCGCAGCGCUGGGCCCGCCUGACCAGCCCGGUGUGGGGGGGCCACCACCUGGAGUACAUGGCGCCCGACGUCAAGCCGAUCAGCUCGCUGUCGCCCGCCGGCGAUGACGACAAAGUCAUCAUCUUCGAAAGCGUCAUGUGAACACUCGCACUUUUCUCACACUCGUCUUCCUCUCCGACCCGCCAAAAUACGAACACUGUGACGCAUCGGGUCCCGUUCCGAAGUCAGGACCGGAGCGCAACCUCUCCGGCCCCGGCAGCCCAGGAAGACAGACGAGCGAGCGGUCGUGCGCCUUGCCUUACGCUGUUGUCUUAAUGCUAUUCGUUGUUCACCAGCCAAUCACUGGACUUUGAUUCUGUUGCUACGAGGAAGUGGGUCUCAUUUUCACGCUGUAUGCGAUGCAGCUUUUCGAGCGGUGCUUUUAUUUUGGUUGGCUUUAACACUGAAUUAGGUUGUUUUAAAGGAGACAGGCCCCCAAUUUCAAAGCGUUCCUACAUCAGAAGCCACUGGAGCUCUGCUUAACUUGUGCCACACGAUUGUGCUUAAGCUGAAUGGGUUAAUUGGCUCUGGACCAGGGGCACCAUCAAACCCCCCCCCCCCC